GCUCGCCCACUCCGCCCCCCCAGCCAGGAAACGGGGGCCGGCGGGGAGCGCAGCGCGCCCAGCCAGACAGCGGCUCAUUAGCCAACGGCGCCGCCGCCGCGAUGAACUUGUCGGGAACCUGAGGCCGGAGCGCAGCGCAGCCCAGCCAGGGACGGCCGAGCAGGAGCCGCCGCCGGCCGGGAAGGAAGGAAGGAAGGAAGGCAGGCAGCCGCGCAGGCGGGCCCCGCGCCCGGCGCUCCCGAGUGGAUGUAAAGCGCUGGGCCGGCGCCGCUCCAAGAUGCUUCUAGUUUCCCCGCGGGUAGAAGCACCACGCAUGGAGCCCCACAUCACGGGAUCUGUGAAGAGGAAAGUGGCGGACGAUGCGUCUCCCGCCUCCGGCGCCAUGCCUGACCUCCUCUUCCCAAGCGAGAGCAAGCGGCUUUGUCUGGACGACGUCACUCUCUCCAUGGGCCCCGGGUCCAAUUCUGUUUCAUGCCCCGAUAUGCAGGGCUCUCCGUAUUCAACCAAUCACGGGACUCCCGCCAUGCCCGGACACGGAAUGCUCCUUGAAAACAACCACAUGAACGGGAGCGGGAUGGGGUCUCCCUUCGCCGUCCCUCCGAAUGCCGAGGUUGGGCAGAAAGGGCCCCUCGGGGGCCAUUACGGCGAGAAAGGGAGCAACAUGCACGCCGUGGACCAGGAACUUCAGGAUUUGCUGGAAGAGUUGACCAAGAUGCCGGAUCCUUCUCCCAACGACCUGGACCUGGAGAAGAUCUUGGGGAGCAAGCCCGAAGAGCCCAUGGGGGGCCUGGCCCACCCGCCCUCAGCCAUGAACAGCUCUUCUAAAUCUUCUCCGCAGGCCCCCCCCUUGGACAAUCACAUCCCCAGUAAAGAUUUCUCUCCCGGAUGCAACCGAAGCGGUGGCUCCCCACAGGUGACGCCUCCUUCCGGAGCUGGAUACUCGGUCCCGUCUCAGAACAAGGCUGUGGGGUCACCCAUUUCCUCGGCCACGCCCAACAAGGGACAGGCCCUCCACAUGUCCGGGGCCAAUUGGCACGCCCAGCAGUUGAAGCACUUAGCCAGCAAGCAGGCGCCAACGUCCAAGCCCCCAACGCCCAACUGGCCCACCAUCUCUUCCCAAGGCCUUUCGCCUCCUUACCGGCAAGGUUCUUCUCCUCACCACCAGCCCUUCAGCCCCCAAAACGUCAUGAUCUCCAGCAUGACUCCCAACGGCCUGCCAGGAAGCAACAUCCAGAGCCCCCAGAACCCUCUGCUCUCCAGCAUCACGUCCAACAGUAACCCCCCUGGGGGUCUGUCUCCCCCUUUUGGGCCAGAGAAGCUCUCCAGUCCGGUCCUCAAUCAGCAGCCUUUCAGCCCCCCCAGCUCCAUCAUGUCCAGCAUCUCAACCAGCAGCAUUAAGAGUUCUCCCAACGCGGGGCCGUCGCCCUACAGGCCGGAGAAGCUCUCCAGCCCAGCUUUGCACCAGCAGCCUUUCAGCCCUCAAAGCACCUUGAUCGCCAACGCCACCCCGACCAGCAACCCGGCCAACAUGCCGGGCUCCCUCUACAAAAACAUGCCGCCCUCCCAGUCCAAGAACAUGAACGUCAUGCUGACGCAGUCUUCCAACAGCAUCCAAGCGGGGUUGGGGAGCGAAGGGCCCGGGGCCCAAGACCAGUUUUCCUUCAGCAACACCAAGCCCCUCUCCCACUUCAGCUCAGAGGCCGCCCCUCCCCAGAAGAUGCCGCCCAUGGGGUCCUCCACGGGCCAGCAGUCCCUCAUGCACUAUCUUCAGCAGCAAGCUGCAACCUCGCCACAGUCCCAACAAGUCAACAACAACCAAUUCCUCCAGCAGCAGCUCCGGCAGUUGAUGCAGCCGCCGCAACGGAUGCCGCAGCGGCACGUCCAGCCGUCCCCGUUGUCAUCGCAGGCGCGGCAGGCAUUUUGCAAAUGCAAGUCAGAUUCGUCCUUUGUUUCUCUCCCACUCAAGUCUUCUUCAUCCUGGAGCGUGGCAACUAUUUACAGAGAGAGAGAGAGAGAGAGAGAGAAAAGAAUGUGGACAAUAGCCAGGAAGAAGAAAGAACAAUCGGCAGAAAGUGGGAUUUUUCUAGCAGGUCCAGGAACGCCUGAGAGGGGAGCCGCCGCUGGAGGCUGGACCACGGGGGAGAGACGUGGGUUGCAACGGGGCUGGUGCGUGCUUUCCGUGUCUUUUCUUUUAGAGACGGCGAGGUUGCAUUCCAAAAACUAA